AUGGCAACCGCAAUGGCAAAGCGCCUUGAAGGCAAGACAAUUGUUAUUACUGGCGCAUCGUCUGGAAUCGGCAAGAGUACCGCUAAGGAGUUUGCCCGGACGUCGCCGAAGGCCCUGAAGCUGAUCGUGACUGCGCGACGACUCGACUCUCUGAAGCAGCUGGCCGAGGAAAUCAAGGAGGAGGUCGGUGAUGGUGUCAAGGUGCUGCCAGUGAAGCUGGACGUCAGCAAUCCGGAAGAGGUCAAGAACUUUGUCCCGUCCCUUCCAGCGGAGUUUCAAGAUAUUGAUGUCCUGGUCAACAAUGCUGGUCUGGUCAAGGGUGUAGCCAAAGCCCCCGAAAUCGACCCUGAGGAUAUCAACGUCAUGUUUUCCACCAACGUCACUGGAUUGAUCAACAUGACCCAAGCCAUUCUUCCCAUCUUCAAGAAGCGCUCCGAUGGUGGCCGUGGAGACAUCAUCAACAUUGGCAGUAUCGCCGGUCGCGAAGCCUACCCUGGUGGUAGUAUCUACUGUUCUACUAAGGCUGCGGUCAAGUCGUUCACCGAUGCCUUGAGAAAGGAGCUUAUUGAUACAAGAAUCCGCAUCAUCGAGAUUGAUCCCGGUCAAGUCGAGACGGAAUUCUCAAUUGUGCGGUUCUACGGUGACAAGGCCAAGGCUGAUGCAGUCUAUGCUGGAUGCGAACCCCUUACACCGGAUGACAUUGCUGAAGUCAUCGUCUUUGCUGCGGGUCGGCGAGAAAAUGUCGUAAUUGCCGACACUCUGAUUUUCCCAAGUCACCAGGUGGGUUUCAUUCAUACGCUCAUGUAUUUCUGGCUGUACAGGACAUAG